AGUGAAGACACUAGAUUCUAAACUUUAAAAGUGCCUAAAAUGAUGCAGAAAUGGAGAAACAUAAAGUGUUUGUGGAAAUGCCUGAAAGAAAACCUAAUACGCAGUGAGUGUUUGAUAAAAUGUCUAACUGAACUAAAAAUAUGAUUUAUGAAAAUGUGAACGAUGGAACACGUCUGGAUACCUAAAAAUAAUCAUAAUAUGCAUGCAAAAUUGGAAAAGAACCAAAAUUCACAAAAUCACCUCUUAAAACCAAUUUUUGCAGCACUUGACAGCAAAGUUAGUAUGAUAGCAAAUGCUCAUGUAUGCUCUAUCAUGUAAAACUGAACUAUAUGAUACACAGAUGCUUAAAACCUAUUUGGUAUUAGUGUUUGUAAUAAGUCAAGUCAGUUACAUUUUGUAACUAAAUCUUACCCUUUCCCUCAUGUAUAUAAACUACAGUCUCUAGUUCAAGAAAGCAGUACACACAGUACAUAUUUUCAUUCACGUUACUUCGUUAUUUCCAAUAGAAUUGGUAUGCAGAGCCUAGGUUUCACUAGAACCUGUGCUUCAUAAAUCACAUCUGAUUGUGGUGGUUAGACAAAGUGGUUGAAGUGUGAAGAAGUUGAUUGUGAGAUAACACAAUAGGAUCAAGAACGUGAUCUGUGGGUGAUCGGUGGCCAAGAUUUCAUUUCUUGAUCAAGUAAACGUGGUUGAAGAAUGGCUGGUGGUGAUAAUCGCAUUUUGACGGUGAAUCUUCCAAUUCUCACGAAGAAAAAUUGGGAUCGAUGGAGUGCACAGAUGCGGAUCCUGUUCAAGUUCCAUGAUGUGAGUGAUGUGGUUGAAAGUGACUGCCAGGAGUUUGCUUCGGGUACUACAGACGAGCAGAAGGUUAUAUCCAAGAAGAAAGAUAACAAGGCACUGUUCAUAAUUCAUCAAUGCGUUGAUGAUGUUCAUUUUGAAAAGAUUCGGAACGUAACCACUGCUAAGGAAGCUUGGAACAUCUUGGUUCGAAGUCAUGCAGGAAGUGAGAAAAUCAAGAGAGUGAAGCUUCAAAUCCUUAGGAGGCAGUAUGAGUUACUGCAAAUGGAGGAUGGUGAUAGAAUUGGUGAGUAUUUCAACAAAAUACUCACAAUCACGAAUCAGAUGAAGGGCUGUGGAGAAUCUAUCACCGAGCUUAUGAUUAUUGAGAAAAUCAUGAGAUCUUUGCCGCAGAAAUUUGACCCUAAAGUGGUGGCUAUAGAAUUAUCGAAAGAUUUGUCAAAAAUGCAGAUUGAAGAACUUCAAAGUUCUUUGGAGGCACACGAGAUGAGACUAGUUGAGAGAAAUUCUAUCAAGAAUUCUGGGCAAGCCUUGAAAGUACAUCAUUCCAAGAAUGAUGAAAGAAAGAAGCAAAAGAAAUGGAAGGCUGAUAGAAUCGAGUAUGAUCAUGAUAACAAGUCUGAAUCAGUGGAGAGAAAUGGUAGAUCAGAGAAGAAUCAAAAAAGGAAAGAUAAAAGAAGUGUGGAGUGUUUUAAUUGUCACAGAUUAGGACACUACUCUUAUGAAUGUUAUGCUGAUAAGGUGUAGUGUAUAACUACGGUGCAGAAGCACAUGGUGGCGUGUUCAUCAGCGACCCUUUGCGCCGUGAAGGGACAGUGGUGAAUUGGCUGGUAUACCUGAUGCUUGAAC